AUGGGGCGGGCUGAUUCCCGCCGCGGGCGAGCUGCAGAGCUCGUCAAAGCGGCCAAAGACUAUAUGCUCAGUCGCCAGCGGCUUCGCAUGCGCCGCCACCGGCGCUUCUGGGCCUUGGGACUGUCUAGGGCAUGUCUGCAAAAUCUGACGCGCCUUUCACUGGCCGACAUAUCAGACGACUCAUCCUCGGAUGGCAGUAGCUCCGAGUCAGAAUCUGAAUCCAGCAACUCAAGUGUGGACUCAUUUGAGCUCCGCCACGACUCGCUCCACAUUCCUCGUCGACAACGACGUGUUCCGCCCGCCUCCUCGCGUGUUCUCAGCUGGGUGCAGCACCAGAUCGACGAGAUGUACUCUCAACGCUACAAUGUGCCCCGAAAUCGCCUCGAACGGCCCCGGGAAUCGACGAUGGAGACAUGUCUUAAGAAGUGGAAACACCGAGACAAGGUUUCUUUCCGCGGCGAGCUUCGAGUCUGGCCGACAACCUUCGAUAAACUUGUCCGAAAGAUUGAAGGUCAUCCAAUUUUCACCAACAACUCAAAUAACGGCCAGACACCUGUUGAGAUUCAGCUGGCUGUCGCCCUGUACCAGUUUGGGCAUGAUGGGAAUGGCGCAUCCCUCCAGGCGGUCUCUUGGUGGUCGGGACUGGGCAAGGGUACGAUUCCGCGUUGCACGCGUCGUGUUAUCACAGCCAUACUCGGCAGCGGGAUGCUUGCGAAGUAUGUCCGCAUGCCAACUGCAGCAGAGAAGGCAGAUGCAAAGACAUGGGUCGAGAAGACGUCUGGAUGUCCUACUUCCGACCGCAAAAUGAACUAUUCGAUGAAUCUCCAGGUCGUGAACUUACCGAACCUCCAAAUCAUCGACAUCGGUUAUGGCUAUGUUGGCAGCACACACGACGCAACCGCCUGGACCGGCACACGCGUGUACCGAGAGCUCUCGACUCUCCUUCUUGAAGGAGAGUUUAUUUGGGGCGAUGCAGCAUACCCUCUCUCUCUCGAAACCCCAGAUAACACUACCUUCAACAACCACGUUUCCUAUGUCCGCGUCAAAUCCGAGCACUGUAUUGGGUUUGUGAAGGGCCGACUUCAGUCCUUGAAGGGCCUCCGCUUGACGAUCAACAACGAGGCUGACCACAUCUAUGCGACACAGUGGAUUAUGGCCUGUGUUGUCGUCCACAACUUUGUGCUUCUUCACGAAGCCAAACUACGUGCCAAACGACCAACAAACCCCAACUACACCUCAGCCGAAAACGAUCCAUUCAUUCCAGCCCACAUUCGUAACCGUCAGCAAGCGAACACUGAGAGCGCACAUCAGUUAGAACUGGAGACCACAGCAGCAGGCAAUCGGGCACGUCUUGCAGCUGGCAAGGCAAAACGCAAUCAGUUAAAGAGUUACCUACUUGCUUCUUUACAUACUCGUAGACAGCAGCUCGGAUAUAACUAG